CAACUAUCAUUGAACUAUAAAAAUAAAGAGAAAAAGCGUAGAAUCAAAUGAUAAAUAGAAACAAUGUAUAAAUUAUAUAUACAUAAAAGAAUAAUUUUAUAUAAUGUUACACAAAAAUAAGCCUAAAGAUUAAGAACAAGUUGAGAAUUUUGUUCUAAUAAUUUGUAUCAACCCUUAUUAAAAGUAUAUGUGAUUAUAUAUGUAUAUUACCACCUUAAUCGAUCAGUAUACCAUGAGAGGGAGAGAGAGAAAAAGAGAGAAAGAGAGAGAGAGAGAGAGAUAGCAAGAGUGUGAAUCAAAGAAUGAGAAAGAGAAAGAAAGAAAGAAAGAAAGAAGAUGGCGCUAGGAGUUGUGCACUUACUUGACAAAUUCUAGCAUUGCAGUUGUAUUAAUAAUAUCUAUUAUAAUUAAUUGUAAUUAUUUAUAUAUAUUUAAGAAGGUAUAUGUGAAUUCUUAUCAAUUACUCGAAUUUCAUAAUUUCGUGCGAUGAAGAAAAAGUCGAUAUAAAACACAUGAUUUUGUAUUUAUAAUGAAAUCGACGUGACGGAGAUGUAAACAGAAAAGGAAAUACUAUGGAUCAACGUUCACGUAUACGUGAUUCUGUGUCAAUAAAAAAAAUAUAUAAGUCCCUGAUUGAAGGAUUGGUCAGAUUACCGCAAAACGUAGAAAGAUAACCGACGACUAGAACGGUGUAUCAUCUGUCCUAAGCAGUGAUAAUAUGUUUGAAUAUUACUAAUGAUUCGGACGAUCUUAUAUUUGAAUUAUUCCGCACAAAAAAAAAUGACGCCCUUAGCAAAGAAGUUGUUCGUGGUACUACAGUUAUUUACAAUAAAAAAUUUAGAAUUUAAUAAUGAGUCCACAGAGCUUUAAGAAAAAUUUGAACAAUAAAAUCAUGGCAUCAAAUGGUUAUUCUGGGGCAGAAGUGGCGGAAAGCGACUCAAAGAAUAAUUCACCACCGUGUGAGUCCGUAAACUCGAUGCCGUGGUUUGGAAUGGAUAUAGGUGGUACAUUGUGCAAAUUAGUAUAUUUUGAACCUAAAGAUAUAACGAGAGAUGAAGCUGACGCAGAACUUGAAACUCUUAAAAAUAUUCGACGUUAUCUUACAAAAAAUUCAGCCUAUGGAAAAACAGGUCAUAGAGAUACGCAUUUACAGAUGGAUAAUGUUUAUGUUAGAGGCAGGCGUGGUACUUUACACUUUAUUAGAUUUCCUACCAGCGAAAUGGGAAAUUUUCUAGCAUUAGCAAAAUCUAAAGGUAUGGCGAAUCUUGUAACCACUGUUUGUGCAACUGGAGGCGGAGCCUACAAAUUUGAAGAAAAUUUCAAAAAAGGUCAAUCCAAUUUACAGGAAGUAAAUAUGAGUUUGGCAAAAUUUGAUGAAUUGGACAGUUUAAUACGAGGCAUACUUUAUGUAGAAAUAACUAAUCCACAUGAAUGCUAUUAUUGGUCUUAUCCAACAGAUGAUAACAGAUGUCAAAAAGUACCAUAUGAUUUUUCUGAACCUUAUCCAUUCUUGCUAGUAAAUAUAGGUUCAGGUGUCAGUAUAUUAGCAGUUUAUGGACCAGAAAAUUAUAAGAGGAUAUCUGGAACAAGUUUAGGCGGUGGAACAUUCUUAGGAUUAUGUUGUUUACUCACUGGUUGUAACACUUUCGAAGAAGCAAUUGAAUUAGCAACAGGUGGUGACAACACUAAAGUAGAUAAAUUAGUAAAAGAUAUCUAUGGGGGUGAUUACGAGCCAUUUGGUCUUCCUGGAGAUCUUGUUGCCAGCAGUUUUGGGCAAAUGAAUUUUAAAGAACGUCGUAAUGCUGUUACGAAGGAAGACCUUGCACGUGCAACCCUUGUCACUAUCACCAAUAAUAUUGGUUCCAUAGCACGUAUGUGUGCUGUUAAUGAAAAGAUAGAAAGGGUGGUAUUCGUUGGUAACUUCCUCAGGGUCAAUCCUAUUUCUAUGAAAUUAUUGGCCUAUGCUAUGGAUUAUUGGUCUAAAGGAACAAUGAAAGCUCUGUUUUUAGAGCAUGAGGGUUAUUUUGGAGCAGUGGGAUGUUUAUUGCAAUUUAAAGGAGAAAUAAACUGAGUAAGUUUAUUUUAAACAUAGCAUUCCAGCUGGGAAAAUCUACUUUAAAAAAAAUUCAUAUAAAGCGUUAUCAAUUUUUCAAUAUAUAUAUAUGUAUAUAUAUAUAUAUGUAUGUAUGUAUGUAUGUAUGUAUGUAUGUAUGUAUGUAUGUAUGUAUGUAUGUAUGUAUGUAUGUAUGUAUGUAUGUAUGAAUCUGUUCUUAUAUUUGAUUCGUUUUCUAGGAAUUUACGCAUUAAUCACGUAAUAUCAAUUGUAAUAAAAGCAUAAUGAUUUAAUGCUUCUAUAUGUUUUACAAUGUAUCUUCGCAGGCACUUUUACGAAAUACACGUUAUUUAUUAUUUAUUACUAUUUAUUAUAAGUUUUCAAAUGUCAGGAUAUUCGUGCUAAGAUUGGGUUACGUGAUUAUCGCAUAUACUCCUAUUCUGGGCACAAACAUCAUAUAAUUUAUAUAAGUAAUAAUGGACCAAACCCAAAUGCAUAUGAAUCGCCUGAUUCUUUAUACGUUGUAUAGGAUAGGUCUACCUCAUAAUUUAAUUGAUAUAGUUUUAUUUUCUAUUUUUCUUUUUUUUUUCUCUUAAUAUAUCUGUAUCACAUAUAUACACAAUUUAAUUGCAUAAGGUAUCGAUGAGUUUUAAUAAUAUUUUAUUACAAGGUUUGCGUCUAUAUGUUUAUUAUACGUGCAUGUUUUAUAAUAAUCAUAUAUACAUUUUAUUGGUAUGUUAGUUUGCAUAUAUUAUUGUUUAUGUUUCUUUGUAAACAAAUAUUUGUAUAAUGAAUAAUCUAGUAUUAAUUCCAGUAUGUACAAAAAAAAAAAAAAAAAAGAAUUAUUUCGCUGUAUAUUAGGAUAUCAUAAAACAAUACCAGCAAAAAAAAAAAAAAUAAAUGACAAACAUUUUAGACUAGUUGGCAGCUUAUCUAUUAAUAUAUAAUAUUUCUUAAGGUUUUUUAAUACAAAGUUGGAAUGAUAUGUAAAAUAAAAAACAAAAAAAGAAAAAAAAAAAGAAAGAAAGAAAAAAAAAUACUUGUAGAUUCUUAUCGUCGGUUCUAAAAACUUUUAUUUGAUAUCAAUACUUGACCUGUUAAGAAGGAUUUGCUUAGAAUAAUGUUAAUGAUAAAUAAA